AUGUGUAAAGUGGAAUCGGAUACAUAUGAAAAUGCACCGAAUGCAGAUCAGGGUAUAUCCUUGGAUACAGAGCAUCUGAUGAAGAAAAAGCUUCCGAGACGUGCUCGUUCCACUCAAAGACAUAUGGUUGACAUACACCCCCGGUAUCUCUUGGCGCACUGCGGCAGCUCCUCAAGUCUCAUCUCCCGGCACUGUACCGCAACUCAUCCAGCGGUAGAGGACUUGAGCUUGUUAACCGGUUAG